UGUAGCUAUAAAGCCCCAUUGUUGACAAGUGAAAAUCGUAUUUGCUCUCGGAUUUUUCAUGAAUUUCCGCACUAAAACCAUGCUUGAUUACACUAAAAAACAACGCAAAUGGCUCAAUGCGUUUUCCUUAUCACUGUUAUCGUGGAAAAGUGAUCAAUAGUGGAGUGUUUUGCUGUAAAAUUUGCAGAAAAUUGUUUAGCGCUUUGGGUGAGUGUUGGAAGCCCCACAAAAUUGGUCAUGAGACUCGCUCUCACGGAGAAUUUCCUUUUAUUCAUCACUGCCUUGAAUUACUGAGCUUAACAAGUUGUCCCAAAUAUUCCUUGAAGUGCUGUAAAACUUCCUGGGAUUGUGUCAGUGUGAAGAAAAGAAAAGUGACAGAAUCCUGGGGAAAAGGAUGUCAAGGAAUUGUUAGCUGAAAGAGGAAUUCCUCGAAUCUUCUAGGUUAGUUGCAUUGUAUCUCCAGAAGGCACUGAACUGCGUAGAAGGACGCUGGGGAGGCACACGCUUUGUGCUAAUCCGAGGGAUUUGGGCCUGAGAAAACUGGCUUGUUUGUUAGACAUCUAAUCCCCGGAUGCUCCAGCAGAGAACGCGCGUACACACAAAAAAACCACUUGUGGCGCGUUUCUCCACAUACGGGGGCCUCUGUGUGUGUUGGGCAAAUGUCAUAUGACGCCGUUUUUUCAGCCCAGAAAAGCACGUGACCGUGGGGAUUGUGUAAGUGUAUUGGGGAGCACUGGGUGAGUUUGUGGAGGAACAUCUGCGCGCUGUAGAGCAUUGCAAGGGAAAUCACGAGGAGUGGAUUAAGUGGAAUGGGGGAAAAGAGUUUUGGACGAGAAAAGUGAGACAGUGUGGCGGGAAUUGAAUUCGAAAUUUUAAGCCUUCCACAAUCUUUCCCGGAACGCCCGGAACAACACAAAAAAAAGCCAAAAUUGGAGACUGAUUGGGAAAUUGGGAAUAUCUUCAAUUUGGUUGAUCGAUAUCAAAAGUUCUCUUUGAUAUCUCUCUCUCUAUCUGGCAUAAAGGGGGAGAGCGUUGGAAUAUUUGUAAAAUUGGUCUUGCGUCCGACACCCAACGAUCGGCUGCCAAAGCGCGAGGAAGGCGCUAGAAUAUCAAGAGAAGCUUUGCCAGCAAAUCAUUUCCUUCUCGCCAGUCGUCGUUGAGCUGUUGCGCAAAGUGGCUGUUGCUGAUUUUACCGAGAGUCUCCGGACGCGACCAAACAGAGAGACACCAAGGAAAUAUAAAGUGCAUCAAGUGACCAAGAAAAUUGUGUGUCAUCUGUGAUUGAGAAAAUUUGGAUGUGUGAAAGAGAGAUUAUCCAAGUUGAAAGUUUGUGAAUAGUGAGUGAUAUUUGUGCGGUUUUUUUUCUGCUGUGGAGUAUAUAACAAUCCUCCGUCUAUAUUUGCUAAAUGACGUGCCAAGAGAAUGCUGUCUGAGACACUGUGGUCUCUGAGUGUGGUGAGAAUAACGUCCAGAGAACAUCACAAUGGCACUCUUCAACAAACUAUUCUCCAAGAGGAAGAAUAUUCCUGUUCCUCCAUCACCUCGCAAUGUCAGCAGUGACUUUCCAUUUUCCACUGAUCAAGUGCGCGUGCUACUGUUUCGAGAGUGCGAAACACCAAGACUCCUCUUCGAUUCAGACUCCAUUCAGCAUGUUGAUCGACCUGUGAGACCAUCUAAUCCUCCGGGUGGAACAGGAAGAAAAUGUGGAGUACCACUCAAUGGGAAUAUUGUAGAAAUCUCAGAUGGUAUCAUCUAUAAGAAGAAAGAUCAAGGAAGUGACUGCGGAAGUCUGGCUGAGAUGAUUUUUGGCACUGUGGCAAUGGCUUUCCGAGGGACAUCACUCAAAGUUCACUGGCUUCAGUCACCACCGCGUAUUCUGUGUUCUCAAGUCUUUUUUACACCCCUGCAACUCAAUAAUUUCCUCAGUACUGAACACAGUGACUUGAAUUCCGGCGAUACAAGUUCUAUGAAUUCUGUGUCGUUAUCCUUCUCACUCUGUGUGGAAAAUGCUGCAGAUUAUUCCAAUCAAAUGUCACCUCCACUAGACGUUCCACCUGCAGCAGAAGACAAUCGUCUGUAUGGUACGUACAGUGCAUGUGAUUCUGGAUAUAGUGGAACAGAUCCAUGGAAUACAUCAGUCUCGUCCUACUGCCCAAUGUCCUCCACACGGAGUAGCUUUGGAUCCGUGUACAGUGAUCAGGAGGGCACGAGUUUGCGCAAAUUGAGCAUAGAUUCGUCAAUUGUCGAUGGGGGUUACUCAAAUGGGGUGACCAAGAGCAGUGAUGGGAGCCUUCAAAGGCGAAUUCUCAGGAAUAUUUCGACAUCAUUUGAGAAUCGACAGUCUAUGAGUGAUUUUAUUGGGUACAUUGGGGAUAACUAUCCUGCCACAAUGGGAGGUGGAAGUGAUGGAUGUAUGGGUAGUAGACUGAGGCGAAAUAGUGAGAUUGUGGAGAAUAGGAGUAAGCCAGAGAUGGUGAGGCGAAAGACAACGAGUGGUGAUGGAAUUGCUGCUCAUAUUCCGCAUCAUUUGCAACGUCAGAGUGCCAGGAAGGCUCGAUUAGGACUCGCAGUUUGUAUCAAACUGAGUGAUUCCGUUGAAAAUGAUAUGAGAACCUUCUGCUCUGAACAUAUUGUCCUGUUUGAGUCGAUGCUGUGUCGCUUGAGGGCUACAGCUGAGGCAGCAUACAACAAUCGACAGAACUUCUUUCCCACAAUGGUUAGAGCUUGGCAUACGACAAGUCAGUGGAUCAAUGAUUUGUUUACAGCACCGCGUCUCAUGAAUCCCGUCUGGUUGACACUUAGCAAUGGGAAUUCCAACAAACCGUCCAAAUUGGCACAUUUCUUCAUGGAUGAACUGUGCUGUCUCCUCACCAGUGCCGAUACCAAAGAUACCAAUUUUUUCAUCAGUACACUUCUGACGGCAAUUCUCACUCAUCAUCUCGGUUGGGUGGGAACUGUGGCGCCCCUGUCCAUGCCCCUGCCAUCGAGUCUCGAUGCUGAUGCCGUGAAGACGCAGGAACGCGCCAAGAUGUCUGAGAUCUCCAGGAGGCAUCCUUAUAAUGCUUUGUGGGCACAAUUGGGUGAUUUAUUUGGGGCCAUUGGGAGUCCACCGAAGAUUUCCAAGACCAUUGUGAGUGGUAAUUCUUCGCAGAUGGUGGAUAAGGUACUCAAUGUUCUCACGUACUUCAUUCGUUGUGGUGAGAUUCAGAGGGAGAUGUGUGAGCCGAUGAUGGUGAAGGAGAGUGUGGACAGUGUAAUGGAGAAUCUCGAGUGUCAUACAGUGACACCUCAGGAAUUGGAUGGACGCGAUGAGAGCAGUUGGAGGCGAUUUGAGGCACUGCGAGAAUUGUCUAGGAGUGAGAGUGUGAGGAGUGUUGUGGAGAAUAAGCCAAAGGGUGGUAUGAGUCGAUCGAUGACACAUGUGAAGGAUCUCAGUGGUUUGCCAAGGGGUGGACAGGAGUCAGUGGGGGCGAUCAAUAGUCACAAGAUGCAGGAUAUUGAGAGGAAAAAUGUGAUGAAUGAUAUACCCAAUGUCUUGGUAUAUCGGGAUUCGCGUUUUGUGAAGCAGGAACUGAGAAUUGGGAAUCAUCUGAUGGAUACGGGAAUUGAGAUGAAUCCAAAAUUUAAGAAUGAUGUUAGACCGUAUCAAGUUAAAAGUUCCAGGGAACAGAUAAAAUUCCGAAUAAGUCCGGAGAGUAAGGAGUACAAUUUUCUGGUGGCUGCAGAGGAAAAAUUGGCCAGAGUGGAUGAAAUUGAGGAGCAACAGGAGAUUUCGGUGGAGUGCGUGAGUUUAGGUGCCAUACGGAAGACAAGUAUGAGUUUAUCGUCAUUUGGUGUGAAUGGGGCGACGGGAAUAGAGCAGGGAGUUGAAAUUGGGGAGGAUACCAUUGAGGAUGAUCGAAGGUAUCAAGGUGAUGGUCAUCCGGGAACUCUAACGACCUGCAAGAGCCUUUCGGAUCUCAUUACAGAGAAUAGUUUUGGGCAUUCAGGGAGAUUAAUGUGGGGUGUGGAACCGGUAAAGGAAUCCCUGACAAUUGAGGAAAUUAAGCAUCGGGAGACGAGGGAUAAAACACCAUCUGAUGUGGUUUUUGUCCUAGGAGACAAUGAGGAACUUGUAGGGUUGAAGCAUAGCGUAUCAACGUCAUCGGUCAAUGGGCUUAAGGCUACGGAUAAUGAAGAACCGGGAGCUAAGAAGAAAGUCUGCAAUCACAAAUACAAAAAACAUUCCGGGGUAAAGUUCAAUUUUGAGCAAUAUCCCCAAAUUGCCAAGACGUACAUGAGGAAUAAGAAUCUGGACAUAACUGAUGCCAAUUUUGAGAAGCUCCUGAAGAUGAGGGAUGUGAAAUUGAUGGCAUGUGGUGAGGCCGGAACGAGUAGUAUGGGAAGUUUGACGGAGGAUGAGAAUGAGUGUGAAUGCUGUUUAGCAGGGGGCGCUACUUUCCUUCAAACACCGUCAAAUGCUUCAGAAUUGGAAUUUAGCAGUGAAGAUAAUAAUUACAACACUCCACCGGCUCAGGAAGUGCCAUUGGGGGGUAGGAAGGGGAAGCAGGAGGUAGAGAAGGGAAAUCCAGAGGAGACAGUCAAAGUUGUAGCCAUUCCCAUGCCUCAGAGUCAGUCGGUGGAGAGGGAUUUGGGAGAGAAAUCAACAAUGCCAAUUGCACAGUCGGGAUUUAUUCCGUCGCUAAUGACGGGUAUUUCUGAUCACUACAUCUCAGAUAUGGUGCUUCAGGGUACUGUGGCUCCGGCAAAGGAUUUUGAGGGUGCUCUGAGGACAGAUCUCACUCUGGCAUCGCACAGUGUGACCCUAGAACAGCUUCCGACGGAAAAUGUGGCUAUUGUAGCCAAUACGGAUAAAUGGAAUGUUUCUGUAUUGUCCUCUCACAGUACUCCCGGACUCUCAGCCACAAAUGCUGAUCAUUCAGUUGUAAUGUCCCCUCUAGUGGCUUCGAUGUUGGAGACUGUUCAGGCCAUGUGGAGAGCAGGAGCUUCACCCUAUCAGUGUAUGUCCUUCAUGGAGUCAAAGCUCCAAGAAAUGUAUAUGCAGAGUGAAACCCUAGCGGCUUUUCUCCUAGCCACGGAUUUCUGUUCAAUGAAAUCCGUCACUAAAGCCCUCAAUCUCGCUGCUGAUGAUGUACCACUGUUGAUGUCAGUGGCAACAGUACAUUCGCCUCAAGUGGCAAAAAAGUACGGAGUUAGUUUUCGUCAAUAAAGGCCUCUACACAUUGGGUGCAAUUUUCGUCAAAAAUCGUAUUUUUGACAGAAUUUUGACGUUUCUACUCUGAAAAAAAUGUUUUGUUAAAUUAACAAGACAAGUUUGUAAAAAGGAUGUUCUUCCAUACAGAAUAUGGAAAAGUUUUGUCAAAUCGGCGGCCAACUGGAUCUUGUUAAAAGUUUGUUAAAAGGGUGUUUUUUCUAUAUAAAAUGCAAGAAAAAGUUUUGUAAAAUUGGUAAAUAACAUCCUUUUGACAAAAUUUGUACAAAAUCCAUUUGUUCGUUUAACAAGACAUUUUUUUCAGAGUACCUACGCCCCUGUAGCCGAUAUCGGCCGCAAAGUUUCACAGUAACAAAAAAUUCCCUGGAAUUUGUCUUCUAUUUUUCCGCGAGAGUUUCCGGGGAAAUAAACGCUAAUAUUCCACUUGGAAUUCUGCGGAAUUAUCAGCUUUUUUCGCGUGGAUUUCCUGGAAAAGAAGUCCGAAGAAUUUUCUUGCAAGAUAUCUGAGAGCAUUCCCUGGAAAUUAAUUCAAAAUUUCCUUUGAAUAUUCCGAGUAUAUUUUCUGAUAUCUUUCCGACCAAGACUCCAUUGGAAGUAAGCGCGAAAAUUCUGCAAUUUUUUUUCGCCCUAACGCUAUAAUUCUUGCGAGCUAGACAUACUCAAAUGAACCAAGAUGUUUACAUUCUCACUUGACCUCCCUGUAAGGUGAAUCACUAAAAUCAGCGACGUCACAGUGAGACUAUCUACGUCAUCAAAAUGGCUACUCGGGUUUGGCGGGAUCCGAAAUUUCGGAUGGCGCUAAAUAAAAAUUCAGAGUAAGGUUGCUAUAGCUUAUGCGUGGUGUGAUUCUUCCUUCAUUUUUAAUUUGUAUACAAACUGGGUACAAAUUUAUGGAUAAAAAAUGAAAGAUAUUCGCAUCACACUUACUCUAGUCUAAAAUUAAACACAUUAAAUGAUUUUCUUUAAGUUUCGCAAGAAAAAAAUUCUGAAGAAAGUCAAGGGGGUCGUUAGGAAAAUAGGAUUUCGAGAUUUGGGUGAACGCGUACGUGAGGACGAGGGAAAAAUUACCUUGAACUUUAAAAGAGUCGAAAGUCGAAGUUAAAUAGAAGAAGAUAAUUUAAAGAUAUGAACGACUUUAUUUCUUUCUUUACAUUUAUUGUACAUAUCAGUUGUCUCUACAUAUACUUGCACUUGCAGACAUCUCGAUAUUUUUGUUAAUCAUCUUCCUGUUGGUCUGCAGUAGUUCUCUUCGAAGAUCCUUGAUAAUCUGAAAUGAGAAAAAGAAAAAAUACUCAAUAAAAGAAAAAUAUAUUACAAAAUAAAUACUUACGCAGUAAGUAUUUAGUUUGUAAUAUAUUAGCAAAAAGUUUAAAAAGAUCAGUAAAAAAUUAAAAAUGAUCAUUAAAUAAAUUUAAAAAAGCAGCAAAAAAUUAAAAA